AUGUUCAUAAACCGCUGAUUAUUUUCAACAAACCACAAAGAUAUCGGUACCCUCUAUCUGCUAUUCGGCGCUUGGGCUGGGAUAGUAGGAACAGGGCUAAGUCUACUAAUUCGAGCCGAAUUAGGACAGCCCGGAACGCUACUCGGAGAUGACCAAAUCUACAACGUAGUUGUUACGGCCCACGCAUUUGUUAUAAUUUUCUUUAUAGUUAUACCAAUCAUGAUCGGGGGCUUCGGAAAUUGACUAGUUCCUUUAAUGAUUGGCGCACCAGACAUGGCAUUCCCCCGUAUGAACAACAUGAGCUUCUGGCUGCUACCCCCCUCAUUCCUAUUACUUCUAGCAUCAUCCAUAGUUGAAGCCGGGGCAGGCACUGGUUGAACUGUUUACCCUCCCCUAGCCGGAAACCUGGCCCAUGCAGGUGCUUCUGUUGACCUAACUAUUUUCUCUUUACACCUAGCAGGAGUAUCUUCAAUCCUAGGGGCCAUUAAUUUUAUUACUACUAUCAUCAACAUAAAACCACCCGCCAUAUCCCAAUAUCAGACUCCCCUGUUCGUCUGAUCCGUCUUAAUCACCGCUGUCCUCUUACUACUCUCCCUGCCAGUACUAGCGGCCGGUAUUACUAUACUACUAACAGAUCGUAACUUAAAUACAACUUUCUUUGAUCCUGCAGGAGGAGGAGACCCCAUCCUGUACCAACAUCUAUUCUGAUUCUUCGGCCACCCAGAAGUCUAUAUUCUAAUUUUACCUGGCUUUGGAAUAAUCUCCCACAUCGUCACUUAUUACUCUGGAAAAAAGGAACCCUUCGGCUACAUGGGAAUAGUCUGAGCUAUGAUAUCCAUUGGCUUCCUAGGCUUUAUUGUGUGAGCCCACCACAUAUUUACCGUAGGUAUAGACGUAGAUACACGCGCUUAUUUUACAUCCGCCACAAUAAUCAUUGCAAUCCCAACGGGAGUAAAAGUAUUUAGUUGACUAGCAACACUCCACGGAGGCAACAUUAAAUGAUCCCCCGCUAUACUAUGAGCUCUAGGCUUUAUCUUCCUGUUCACCGUAGGAGGUCUAACAGGAAUUGUACUAGCCAAUUCAUCAUUAGAUAUUGUUCUUCACGACACAUAUUAUGUAGUUGCCCACUUCCACUAUGUCUUGUCAAUAGGGGCAGUAUUUGCCAUCAUAGGAGGACUAAUCCACUGAUUCCCAUUAUUCUCGGGAUACACUAUUGAUGAUACAUGGGCAAAAAUUCAGUUCGCAAUUAUAUUUGUAGGCGUAAAUCUAACUUUCUUCCCACAACAUUUUUUAGGUCUCUCUGGAAUACCUCGACGCUACUCUGACUACCCAGAUGCCUACACCACAUGAAACACUAUCUCAUCUGUGGGCUCCUUCAUCUCCUUAACAGCAGUUAUCCUAAUGGUUUUUAUUGUAUGAGAGGCAUUUGCAUCAAAACGAGAAGUUAUAACCGUAGAGCUAACAGCCACCAAUUUAGAGUGACUGCACGGAUGUCCGCCACCCCAUCACACAUUCGAAGAGCCAACCUACAUUAACCUAAAAUAG